AUGUCCAAAAAUCCUACCUUCCUUUUCUUCUUCUUCUUCUUCUUCUUCUUCAGCUCCACUAUUUCCAUCACCCUUUCAUCCCACCCACUCGACCCACUAUCCCCGGCCGAGUUCACCUCCGUCCAAGCCGCCUUCCGUUCCCACUACUCCAACCACACCUCCGUCGCCUUCCACUACAUCGGCCUCAAGGAACCACCCAAAUCCGCCGUCCUCUCCUGGCUCCACCACCACACCCCCUCCUCCGCCGCUCCCCCACGGCGAGCCUUCAUCAUCGCGCGUGUCAACCACACAACCACCCAUGAGCUCACCGUCGACCUGACCCAAUCCACCAUACUCUCCGACCAACUCUACACUGGCAGCGGCUACCCGCUCUUCACUUUCGAGGAGCAGAUUGCCGCCAACGCGCUGCCCCUCGGCCACGCGCCGUUCCUCGAGUCCCUGCGGAGGAGGGGCCUCCACGGGGCGGAAAUCCUGUGCCAGACGUACGGGAUCGGGUGGUUCGGCGAGCAGGGGAAGGGGAGUAGGAUUGUGAGGGUUAUGUGUAACUAUCUGGACGGGACGGUGAACUUGUUCAUGCGGCCGGUGGAGGGGAUCGCCGUCACCGUCGAUCUCGACCGGAUGGAGAUCGUUGGGUAUCGGGAUCGGGGGAUUGUGCCGGUUCCCAAGGCCGAUGGGACAGACUACAGAGGGUCAAAGCAGAGGCCGCCGUUUGGGCCCGGUGUGAAUGCCAUCAAUGUCGUCCAGCCCAAUGGGCCCAGCUUUGAAAUCGAUGGGCAUCGGAUUCGGUGGGCCAACUGGGAUUACCAUCUGGGCUUUGACAUGCGGGCCGGGCCCAUAAUAUCAACGGCAUCAAUCUUCGACGUCGACAAGCAAACCUUCCGUCGGGUUCUGUACAGAGGGUUCCUGUCGGAGCUGUUCGUUCCGUACAUGGACUUAACGGAGGAAUGGUACUACAGGACCUUCUUCGACGCCGGCGAGUUUGGCUACGGGCUGUGCACCUCGUCCCUGCUCCCCGGCGCCGACUGCCCCGACAAUGCGGUUUUCAUGGAAGCUUACUUUCCCGACAAGGACGGGAAUCCCCAGCAGCUGCCCAACGCAUUCUGCAUCUUCGAGAGGUACGCCGGCGAUGUAUUGUGGCGACACACCGAGGCCGCUACUCCGGAGGUGGUGACAGAGGUGAGGCGAGAUGUGAGCUUGGUUGUGAGAAUGGUUUCGACUGUGGGUAACUAUGACUACAUCAACGAUUGGGAAUUCAAGCAAAGCGGCUCCAUCAAAGUCACGGUUGGACUGACGGGUUUACUGGAGGCGAGAGGAGCCGACUACACACACGUGGACCAAAUCCACGACGAAUCCUACGGACAAAUACUGGCCGAGAACACAAUCGGGUCGAACCACGACCAUUUCCUCACAUACCACCUAGAUCUCGACGUCGACGGGGACAACAACUCUUUCUUGAAAUCCAAACUGAAAACGGUUCGAGUCCCGAACCGCACCACUUCCCCGAGGAAGAGCUACUGGAGAGUCUUCGUAGAGACGGCCAAAACCGAGUCUGAUGCAAAGAUAAAGCUCGGUUCGGAGCAAGUUGACUUAAUUUUUGUGAACCCCAACAAGAAAACCAAGGUCGGCAACCCGGUCGGCUACCGGUUGAUUCCUGGGUCGGUUGCGGGUCCGUUGCUGUCGGCCGAUGAUUACGUGCAGAUUAGGGCAGCUUUUACCGAGUACAACGUCUGGGUCACGCCGUAUAACGAGAGUGAGAAGUGGGCGGGAGGAGUUUACGUCGAUCGGAGUCGCGGCGACGAUACUUUGGCGACGUGGACUAUGCAGGAUCGGGAGAUUGAGGACAGGGAUAUUGUGGUUUGGUACACGUUGGGUUUUCAUCACGUGCCUUGCCAAGAGGAUUUUCCGGUCAUGCCGACGUUGAGUAGUGGGUUUGAGCUCCGGCCGGCUAAUUUUUUCGAGAGGAAUCCGGUUCUCAAGGCUUACAUAAGUUGA